ACCAGCUGGAAUCCAAUCUCAUCCUCAAAUUCCAUACACUUCUCCUCCUUUGAUCCCAUAUUGCGUAAAUGGCUUCCCCUCCCUCAUCCGCCGCUGCGGCCCCUCCUCUUCCGCCACCCCUCCUUCGUCUCGCAUAAGUUUCCCAUCCAAGCUGUCGUCGUUUCCGCCAAUCUCAUCGUCCUCGCCGCAACCUCCGACCAUUUCCGUCCUGCCUUAUCCCAACCCCUAGUUUUCAACUCUAUAUCUCAGAAGUGGACUCACGGUCCCCCGCUCUCUGCCCUACGCCGAUGGUGCGCCGCUGGUACGUGCCGCGGGGUCGUCUACGUGGCGAGCGGAAUCGGCUCUCACUACGACAAAGACGUCGCAAGGUCGUUUGAGAAGUGGGACCUCAAUGUUCAGCGUCACCACCAACACCGGCAGCGGUGGCGGUGGGAAAAGAUGGGAAGUCUUAGGGACUGUAAAUUUAGCCGGGAAGCGAUCGACGCCGUCGGAUGGAAGGGGAAAUUGUGCAUGGUGAACGUGAAAGGCGCCGCAGCGAAGCAAGGGAUAAUCUACGACGUGGAAAGUGAGUCGUGGGAGGAGAUGCCGGAGGGGAUGCUAGCGGGGUGGAGGGGUCCCGCGGCGGCGAUGGAGGAGGAGACUCUCUAGGACGAGUUGAAGGGUUGGCUGAAAAAGUAUGAUCACGUGAAGGACGCGUGGGUGGGGGUGUUAGAGAACGAGAAGCUUAAAGGGGCUCAGCAAAUGGCGGCGGCAGGAAGGAGAGUGUGCGUACUGUGUGCUGAUGGUGGCAGCAUUGCGGUGGUGGACGUGGCGGCAGUGCCUCCGGCGAGACUGUGGAUGGUGGAGGCUCCAGCAGGAGUUCAAGGAGUUGGAAUUCAUAUCUUGCCUAGAUUAAGCUAUUCGGAUAUUUGAUCCCAUUAGUUUAAUAUACAAGUAUAGUAUUUAUUUAUUUAUUUGCUCAUGUAAAAAUUCAUAAUUUA